CUCCGCUCGACACCAUGACAACCGCGGCAAACGCACGGCGAGCCCCCGGCCCUGCCGCUACACCAAUCAGGGAGGAGUGAGCAGAGCACUGCAACCUGUGUGGGGUGAGACGAGCGCAGGAUAACAGAACAGAGCUAGAACACCACAGACACCCCUUCUUACAGAGAGAGAAGAUACCCAGCCAUUUAUUAGUCUCUUAUCUGAUGCUAGAGAAAACCUCCUGGAUUAUCAGUGGUGCUCUUGUUAUUUUACCCCGCAGUGGGGAGGAGUAUAGGGAUGGAGAUUCUGGGUAAUCAGCCUUCCCUGUUCCCGAUUCGAGUUCUCUGCUCCAUGGUGGGAGCUGAGAGACGUCUCUUGGAGCCACAGCCACCGACCAUGAGGAUUGGAUAAGAAUCCCACCAAUUCUAACAGGACCACCCAAUCACCAUAAAAAAAUGAUCUAGAAGUAAUCAGAAAAGGGACAGACUGGUAGGGAAACACAAAGAAAUAGAGAAUGUAGAAAAUCUGCAUCAGAUUCCAAUCUCCCAGUAGGUCGCGAGUGACGCUGACUGUGUGCACAUGAUGAAUCCCAUGGCCCAGCUGUACUACAAGAAGGCGAGCUACUCACCGUACCGCGACCGCAUCCCGCUGCAGAUCGUGCGGGCGGAAGCGGAGCUGUCAGUGGAGGAGCGGGCGUACCUGACGGCGGUGGAGAAGGGCGACUAUGCCGGGGUGAAGCUGACCCUGCAGGAGGCGGAGAUCUACUACAACAUCAACGUAAACUGCUUGGACCCGCUGGGGCGCAGCGCUCUGCUCAUCGCCAUCGAGAACGAAAACCUGGAGGUGAUGGAGCUGCUGCUCAACCACGGCGUGCACGUGGGCGACGCUCUGCUCUACGCCAUUCGCAAGGAGGUGGUGGGGGCUGUGGAACUGCUGCUGUCCCACCGCAGGCCCAGUGGAGAGAAACAGGUGCCCAACCUGAUGAUGGAUACCCAGUUCUCAGAGUUUACCCCUGACAUCACACCCAUCAUGCUGGCAGCUCACACCAACAACUACGAGAUCAUCAAACUGCUGGUCCAGCGCAAAGUCACCAUCCCCCGGCCACACCAGAUCCGCUGUGACUGCGUGGCGUGCGUGUCCAGCUCCGAGGUGGACAGCCUGCGCCACUCCCGCUCCCGCCUCAAUGUCUACAAGACCUUAGCCAGCCCGUCCCUCAUUGCCCUGUCCAGCGAAGACCCCAUCCUGACUUCCUUCCGCCUGGGCUGGGAGCUGAAAGAACUGAGCAAGGUGGAGAACGAGUUCCGUCAGGAGUACGAGGAGCUGUCCCAACAGUGUAAGCUGUUUGCCAAGGACCUGCUGGACCAGGCCAGGAGCUCCAGAGAGCUGGAGACCAUCCUCAACCACCGGGACUACCUCAGUGAGGAGCUGGACCCAAAGGACGGCCGCGAUCUGGCCAAGCUCAAACUGGCCAUCAAGUACCACCAGAAAGAGUUUGUGUCCCAGCCAAACUGCCAGCAGCUCCUGGCCACCCUGUGGUACGACGGUUUCCCUGGGUGGCGCAGACACCACUGGGCGGUCAAGCUGGUCACCUGCUUCACCAUCGGCCUGCUCUUCCCCAUCUUCUCCCUGGUCUACCUGCUGGCCCCUAGGAGUGCCCUGGGUCUCUUCAUCAAGAAGCCCUUCAUCAAGUUCAUCUGCCACACAGCCUCCUACCUGACUUUUCUUUUCCUCCUCCUCCUGGCCUCCCAGCACAUCGUGAGAACAGACCUGCACGUCCAGGGCCCGCCACCCACCGUGGUGGAGUGGAUGAUCCUUCCCUGGGUGCUGGGCUUCAUCUGGGCUGAGAUAAAGGAGAUGUGGGACGGCGGCUUCACUGAGUACGUCCAUGACUGGUGGAACCUGAUGGACUUUGCCAUGAACUCUCUCUACUUGGCCACUAUCUCACUAAAACUAGUUGCUUACUUCAAGUACAACAGCUCUCGGCCGCGGGAGGAGUGGGAGAUGUGGCACCCAACACUGAUAGCCGAGGCCCUGUUUGCUAUCGCCAACAUCUUCAGCUCCUUGCGCCUCAUCUCCCUGUUCACAGCCAAUUCUCACCUGGGACCCCUGCAGAUCUCCCUGGGACGCAUGUUGCUGGACAUCCUCAAGUUCCUCUUCAUCUACUGCCUGGUGCUGCUGGCCUUUGCCAACGGGCUCAACCAGCUCUACUUCUACUACGAGACCAAGGCCUCGGACGAGCCCAACAACUGCAAGGGCAUCCGCUGUGAGAAGCAGAACAAUGCCUUCUCUACGCUGUUUGAGACGCUGCAGUCCCUGUUCUGGUCCAUAUUCGGCCUGCUCAACCUGUACGUGACCAACGUGAAGGCACGCCAUGAGUUCACAGAGUUUGUGGGAGCCACCAUGUUCGGUACCUACAACGUUAUCUCCCUGGUGGUGCUGCUCAACAUGCUCAUCGCCAUGAUGAAUAAUUCCUAUCAGCUCAUCGCUGACCAUGCGGACAUUGAAUGGAAGUUUGCCCGCACCAAGCUGUGGAUGAGUUAUUUCGACGAGGGAGGAACUCUCCCGCCGCCCUUCAACAUUGUCCCCAGCCCCAAGUCAGUGUGGUACCUGUGUGUGUGGACGUACAACCGCCUGUGUGGAGGGGACCAGCCCAGCCCUGACGAACUGAGGAAACACGAGAACUUAAAGGAGUUCACGGUAAAACAUUUACAAACCUGUACAGUCAACAUACAUCAUGCUGAGGUGAUCAGGAACCUGGUAAAGAGGCAUGUAGCAGCCAUGAUCCGCAGUGCUAAGACAGACGAGGGACUGACUGAGGAGAAUUUUAAGGAGCUGAAGCAGGACAUCUCCAGUUUCCGCUAUGAGGUGUUGGAUCUGCUGGGGAACAGGAAGCCCCCGCGGAGAACCUAUUCAUCCAGCAGUGAGGCCACUCAGCAGGACGAGGCCAACAAUGAGGGGGAGGGAGGGGCCGGACAGGGUCCCUCCAGGGACCAAGGGGCCAAGGGGGUGUCCUUCAGCACGUCUACUGCUGAGAGGAAGAGCAAGGACUCUGGGUUCAGUGUCUCUGCCCUCUUUAAGUCCAUGUCAGGGGUGGAGGGGCCAGUGGGCAACAAACCAAAGUGCAACGGGCUGCGGUUCUCCUCCUCCUCCCCUUCAUUUGCUGUGUUCAGCCGCACUGGUGGCCAGCUGCAGCGCUUCUCCAAGUCCAAGAGAGACUCCAUCAGGCGGCUGGGUCUGCUCUUCUCCCGCAUGAAUGGACACGUCCCAGAGCACAGGGCCACUCCUCCCUGCAUGCACCAGCCCACCUACAGCAUCUCAGAUGGCCUACUUCAUCAGCCCACAACCUGGCCGGACGUCCAUAUCGCCCCCGAUCCCCAGGUUACAUGCAGCCAGUUUCACCUGGACCGGCUGGGGGUGAACCUGAAAGAGCUACCCCAGGCCCAGGCCCCAGCCCCUACCCAGGCCCUAGCCCCUACCCAGGGUUCACCCCAGCAGGCUAACGGAAGUGACAGCCUGCUCCUACGGCCCCCAAGCCUCUCUCUGCCGCCCCCGAGCCUCUCUCUGCCGCCCCCGGGCCCCUCCCUACCGCCCCCGGGCCUCUCCCUGCCACACCUGCACUGUGCUUCUGGCAUCAGGGCCUCCAGCAUCAGGGCCUCCAGCUCCCAGGCUGUCCUCCUGGGCUCUAGUGAGGACAUGUAUGAGUCCUGGAUAGGACCAUGUGAUGAGCUGGACUCUUCAGAGUGGUGGGCUGAGCAGGACUCCAUCACCACACAGCUUUAGAGACACCCGCCACCCCCAGAAUAAUGUAGGACAGCAAACUACAAUAUGUUCAGGUCACACUGCUGAGGACAGAGAAAAAAAAGUGUCUGACAAGUAUUCAAAACCCAGGACUAAUUUUCUCAAAGAUAUUAUAGGAAGAUUCUAAACAUAUAAAUGAAAAAAAAAAAAGUUAUUUAUUGCAAUAUAACUACGUUUGCAUACUGCCACCUACCUGUGAUGCUUAGAUCUUUGUUUGCGGAUUGUAAGUUCACUAUCCUCUCUCAACACGUGUUCUCAUACAGUUUCGGCCCAGUUAAUUCUAUUUUACCUAUCAACUUAUCACUGAGAUAAAGGGGGUCAUAUACACAGGUCAGCUAUUACCAUUGUCCAAACUUCUACUCUCUUACAAAUAUGUUUCAUCUCUUGUUGCAAGUUUUUCUAUUGUCUUUUACCAGACUGUUUUGCCAGGUAGUGUGCCACAUACAAAUGCCAGAUGUCCUCUAUACAGUAGUGUGUUCCUUUUGGUACAUCAUAACCUAAACAUGGAUGGUUAAUAUCAUGGUGGAAUUUCAGGUUAAAUAUUUUCAAGUUGUUUUUGGACAAUUAACUAAGAAUACUGUCCUCUGUUUUUCCAUGAAAGUUAUUUUUCUAUAGUUUCUUGGAACUAAGCCACUACCCAUUUUUGGCUAUUGAGACAGGAAAUGCAUGAUAUUAGUAGGGGUAGGUUUAUUUAUCCAUAGUUUUAAUGUGUUUACUUAUAGUCUCAUUUACUUUGGACAAGAUGGUUAUGAAUUAUAAUACUCAAGAUCAUUUUGGCAGAGGACCCCUACGCAAACAAUGUUUCACAGUUGUUGAAAACACGCGUGGAUACAAAUACACAUUUUUAUUUGAUAAUUAGAUUAAGCGUUAUCUAUUCAAAUAUAUUAAACCAUUUUUGAAUGAUUCUUCGGAGAACUAGGAUUCCAAGACUGGGCCAUGUGAUAUGAUAGGCUGUAUAGUGGUCAAAUAAAACUGGACUGAACUGUCCAAAAUGUUGAAAUAGCUAUACUCUGGGCUAUUAGUGACAACUCAAUGCAUUCGCUAGUUGCAGUAUUCAGGACUCACCUUAGAUAAUGUGCCAUCCCAUCAAUUCAAAAUGAACAGUUUAGUAAUUGCAUUUGAUCAUUUGACCAAUCAGAUCAGCUAUUUUGCCCAUAAUUGGGAAAGAUCAGAAUUUGGCUGCCUGUGUAAACACAGCCAAGCUCAGUGAACAAAACUGCCUGAGUACCAGUGAGCUAGCACUCUCCAUGGUGCUGAUUAUGACAGGAAGGGUAGCAGCAACAUCGGUCUUGUGUGCUGUCCCGGGUCCUGGCCCUCAGAUACCAUCAUCGUACCAAAUUACUUCUCUAAAGCAGGGCUCUCCAACCCUGGUUAUGGUAAAUGUUCCCUCCAAUCCUAAUCAAGCGCACCUGAUUCUAAUAAGAAGCUGGUAGAUCAGCUUAAAUCAGGUUAGUUCACAGAUUCUUGAAAGUUGGAGACAAUCCUCGUCCGGCAUGGAAACUUUAUUUUAUAGGUGAAUUUGAUGAAGGAAAACGUUUUUUGUAAUUUGUAAAAAAUAUUUUUAGUAUUGUUAAUUUCCCUGUCAGGCUCUGUGCCAGGAAAUGCCGCAGUCCUAUAGGAUCUAAAUGUCUAAAUCCCCCCACAAGUGUUGAAAAUGUUUCUUGCAAUAAGCCCUCUGAUUAAGGAAUAUUUUUCUCAAAACUGUGACUCCUAAAAAACUCAAAAUGAAUCAGAAAUGAGCAGGGUUAGCUAUGCCAUCUCCUGAUUACAGGUAUUGCAACAAGACAAGGUAACCCAUACAAAUUAAAUGGAAGUAUGGAGGUAGUUGCCAUUUAUGAAAGUGUUAUUCAAUUCUAUGAGUUAUAGUAGUGAAGGCUAAAUUCAAUAUUUUAUCAAAUAUGUUUAUAAUCCAUUGUAUGACCAUCUUAAAACAAUUACAUAUGUUAGCUUUGUAGAAGCUUUGUAGAAGCCUCAAAGGAUGAGACACAGCAGUAAACUAGCAAGCUAGGCAGCUGUUUAGCGUUGUAGUACAUUCACUAAUUUGUUUCUAAACAAUUAACAAGCUUGUUAGCUACCACGUCAUGUUCUUGUCAACCAGUCACAGUAGCUAGCAAGUAACAGGAUAUCUCAAAAGUCUAAAAACCACUUCAGGGCAAAUAAAUCAGAUUUGACCAUCGCAUGCCCAGGAAUCAGAUUUAUGACUUCAAACCACCUAUGCUGAAAUGUGGCUUGAAAUGUCUGAUUCCAUGUGGCUUUUGGCUGUUCAGACUUCAGGAAAAACAGAUUCAUAUCUGAUAUGCCCCCAAAAACUGUGGCUUUAGAUAAACUCAAGUCUAUGGUUCAAAUAUGUUUAAUUAAUUAGGUUUUAGAAUCAUAAAGCAGCUUAGGAGAAACUAUAUUGCUACUGUUUAUACCGCUUGAAUAAAAGUAGAAAAUAUGAAAUUUUUCAAAUCUGUAAAAAAAAACUGUCAGAGUGCUGAAAGAUCUAAUAGAACGUUUGUUUUUAAUUGGGGAUUUAAAUUAAUCAUUUUCCAUAUUUUAAAAAUGUUUUUUUUUUUUUAAUUGAUCUUGGAGGCAAAAACAUGUCUGUUUUGAGUAGCUGUUGUCAACUCAGUCAGUAGCUUGUCACCGGUCACUAAUGGCUAACCCCCUUAAGAUACAUUUGUCAAUACUUGAAUCACUGUACUGCAACACAUGCUUAAACUAUUAAAAUAUUUGUUGUGCUACACCUAAUACCAUUUUCUUGAUAAAUAUUGUUUUAGGUUCUGAAUCUAGAAAAACAUGCUGAAAGGCUAAAUUAGUCCUGACACAGUGAGUUCUAUAAAAGCAAACAAAAAGUUCAGAUUUAUUAGAUAUUUUAAUAAUUUAAAGGUUUAAAUUAAACAAUCAUGGCCUUAACACUUGUUGGACAAUGCGUAAACAUGAAAUUCCUCUAGUAUCUGAGUUUACAUCAUAGAACUUGCAGCUAAGCAAGCCCAAAUGUCUUAAUGACUGAUACAUAUUACUUUAUAAUCUUUUUAAAUUUGAAAUGUAUUUAAUUUGUACCUUUAUUUAACUAGGCAAGUCAGUUAAGAACAAAUUCUUAUUUUCAAUGACGGCCUAGGAACAGUGGGGGGCAGAACGACAGAUUUGUACCUUGUCAGCUCGGGGAUUUGAACUUUCGGUUACUAGUCCAACACUAACCACUAGGCUACCCUGCCGCCCCGGCAAAAAAAGAAACGUCCCUUUAUCAGGACCCUGUCUUUCAAAGAAUUUGUAAAAACCCAAAUGACUUCAUAUCAUUCAUAUCAUAAAUGGUUUAAACACAGUUUCCCAUGCUUGUUCAAUUAACCAUAAACAAUUAAUGAACAUGCACCUGUGGAACGGUCAUUAAGACACUAACAGCUAUCAGACUGUAGGCAAUUAAGGUCACAGUUAUGAAAGCUUAGAACAACUAAAGAGCCCCUUCUAUUGACUGAAAAACACCAAAAGAAAGAUACCCAGGGUCCCUGCUCAUCUGCGUGAACAUGCCUUAGGUGUGAAGGAAGCAUGAGGACUGCAGAUGUGGCCAGAGGAAUAAAUUGCAAUGUCCGUACUGUGAGACGCCCAAGACAGCACAACAGGGAGACAGGACGGACAGGCUGAGAGAGUCUGGACUGAGGGCUUGUGUGGCCUGUAGUAAGGCAGGUCCUCAUCAGACAUCACCCUGCAACAACAUUGCCUAUGGGCACAAACCCACCGUUGCAGAUAGGACUGGCAAAAAGUGCUCUUCACUGACAAGUCGUGGUUGUCUCACCAGUCUCAAAAGUUGCAUUCGAGUUUAUCGUCGAACGAAUGAGUGUUACACCAAGGCCUGUACUCUGGAGCGGGAUUGAUUGAGGUGGAGGGUCCAUCAUGGUCUGGGGCGGUGUGUCACAGCAUCAGACUGAGCUUGUUGUCAUUGCAGGCAAUCAACGCUGUGCAUUACAGGGAAGACAUCAUGUGGUACCCUUCCUGCAGGCUCAUCCUGACACGAUCCUCCAGCAUGACAAUGCCACCAGCCAUACUGCUUGUUCUGUUCGUGAUAUCCUGCAAGACAGGAAUGUCAUUGUUCUGCUAUGGCCAGAGAAGAGCCCGGAUCUCAAUCCCAUUGAGCACGUCUGUGACCUGUUAGAUCAGAGGGUGAGGGCUAGGGCCAUUCCCCCCAGAAAUGUCCAUGAGCUUUCAGGUGCCUUGGUGGAAGAGUGGGGUAACAUCUCACAGCAAGAAAUGGCAAAUCUGGUGUAGUUCAUGAGGAGAUGCACUGAAGUACUUAAUGCAGCUGGUGGCCACACCAGAUACUGACUGUUACUUUUUAUUUUGACCCUCCCCAGUUAGUCACGUCUGUGGAACUUGUUCAGUUUGUCUCAGUUGUUGAAUCUUAUGUUCAUACAAAUAUUUACACAUUUAUUUUCAGCAAACUUAAGUUGACAGUGAGGUCAUUUUUUAUUGCCGAGUUUGAUAAUUUAGUGUAUCAUAUUAAAGCUUAAGAUAUUUGCAAUCCAGACAACAUUAAUGCUUCCCACAGUUGUCAAGUCAACA